GGAGGGACUGCUGAGGCGCGGGCGCGGGAGGAGGCGCCGCCCCGGCCCGCCCCGGGGGAGCUGAGUCUGGGCUGGGCUGGCCUGCCCUGCGGGGGCGCUCAGCGGUUCGACCCGACAGUCCGGUCCGCAGCUUUUUGUCACCUUAAAAUAAUCCACUAGAAAGUUCCCGAGAAGUUAUACCAAGAUGACCAAAACUGAGGAACUGCCAGACAGCCACACAUCUGAGGAAUUUUAUAAAAAAUAUGAGCCAAAGGAAAUCCUUGGAAGAGGAGUAAGCAGCAUUGUCCGCCGGUGCAUUCAUAAAACCACCAGGAAGGAAUAUGCUGUCAAAAUUAUAGACAUCACAGCUGGGAACCUGUCCCCACAAGAAAUACAGGAGCUGAGGGAAGCCACUUUGAAAGAAAUUGACAUCCUCCGGAAGGUAUCUGGACAUCCAAACGUUAUCCAGCUGAAGGACAGCUUUGAGUCUCACACUUUCUUCUUCCUGGUCUUUGACUUGAUGAAGAGAGGCGAACUCUUCGACUACCUCACAGAGAAGGUGACCCUGAGCGAGAAGGAGACCAGGAAGAUCAUGCGCGCCCUCCUGGAGGUGAUCCGGUACCUGCAUGCCAUGGACAUCGUCCAUCGCGACCUCAAGCCCGAGAACAUCCUCUUGGAUGAUAACAUGAACAUCAAGCUGACCGACUUCGGCUUCUCGUGCCAGCUGCAGAAAGGGGAGAUGCUCAAAGAGAUCUGCGGAACGCCGGGUUACUUGGCUCCGGAAAUAUUGGAGUGCUCCAUGGAUCCAGACCAUCCAGGUUACGGGAAGGAAGUGGAUAUGUGGAGCACGGGGGUCAUCAUGUACACCCUGCUGGCCGGGUCCCCCCCUUUCUGGCACCGAAAGCAGAUGUUGAUGCUGCGGAUGAUCAUGAGCGGAGAUUACAAGUUUGGCUCGCCGGAGUGGGACGACCAGUCGGACACGGUCAAGGACCUGAUCUCUCACUUUCUGGUGGUGAAACCGAAGCAUCGCUACACGGUGGAAGACGCGUUGGCUCAUCCCUUCUUCCAGGAAUAUGUAGUGGAGGAAGUUCGGCACUUCAGCCCCUUCCGGAAAUUCCGGGUCAUCUGCUUGACGGUCUUGGCCUCGGUCCGCAUCUACCUCAGCUACCGCAACGUGAAGCCCAUCACCAAGGAGGUGAUGCAGCGGGACCCCUACGGCCUGAAGCCCGUCCGGAAGCUGAUCGACGCCUGCGCCUUCAGGAUCUACGGCCACUGGGUGAAGAAGGGCGAGGCCCAGAACCGCGCAGCCCUCUUCGAAAACACCCCCAAGGCCAUCUUGCUCAGCUUGGCUGCCGAGGAAGAGCUUUUCUGAGUCCACGUACAAAAGGAGCGAAGCCUGCCUGGCUUCCCGUGGCCAGGGAUGAUGUAUUGGGGCCGAUGCGCCUCUGCGGCACCCAACCAGGGAACGCCAAAGCUAUGGCAGCACAUCUAACGCUAUUCUUCUUAUUAUUUACUGAUUUGCCUCUCCCUUUUCCUUGAAGGAGCUCAGGGCCGGAUGUUUCUCACACACACUCCCAUGUCAUCCCCACAACCACCCUGUGAGGUAGACCAGGCGAUGAGCACCCCCACUGACUCGCAGCCAGGCAGGGAUUUGAACCCAAGUCAGUUUCAGUUCUUGCUUGAAACGUCAUAUCUAGCCUGGAACCUUCCAUGGUUUUUGUACUACACUUCCCAUCAUGCCUGGCUAUCAUCUAUGCUGGAACUUGUGGGAAUUGUAGUCCAAAAAUCUGUACAGGGUGCCACAUCUAAUGGCUACGCUACCUCUCAGGGUAUUUGUUUCUUAAUUAAACACCCCAAGACCCCAGGAACUAGAAACCUGACAGCACGUUUACUGUGCUUUGUUUCAGCCUCCCACACAUCCCACCUGAGGGGCUUAUGGAAGGGGGGUGGGAGGGGCAGCAGCCUCCUGGGGCCUCAGCAAGUGUUGGUACGCCAACAGACAUGCAGGGAUUCAGCCCCAGCAACAGGGACUUUCAUCGGCUGCCUGGCCGAGGGAGCUUGGGGCGGAGCAUCUGUCGCCUGCAGCAGAGCGUUUCCUAGGAGAGCAGAGGGGAUGCCUUUGGCUCUCUUGUAAGCAAGCUGUAAGAGGAAGCGGACAGCCACAGAGCUGCAGGGAGCCGCCAGGCUCAGGAGCAGUCUACCUCAGGCUUCCAGAUGUGGAGAACCCCACUGGCCUGGGCGCCUCAUUUCCUAGAUCUGCUCUUUGGAGGCAGGUUGCCCAUAGCUGGGCAUAGGAUUGUGGCCUAGACAAAAUCAGGGAGGGCAUACCUACCACGACCAGCAGGCUGAGAUGGGGCCUCUGGGCCCCAGCACCUCCUGCCUCUGACUUCCCAGCUGCUGGGGAGCAACAGCCUGCCAGAGGGGCGGCGCCACCGAGCUCCCUCUGAAGCCCGCUGGCCAACCUGCCCCAGGCUGCGGGGCACAGCCCACCUUGAUGUGCAACCUGAGCCCUGCCCCCCUCGCCAACCUCCAGCCGCGGAGAGGAUUCCGGCUUUUGUGCCGUUCCCUUCCCAGAUCCUAAAGCCUCUCCGAAGCCUCCCCGGCUGGCUGUCGGAAGCUGGGGCUAAGAUGUAUGGCAUCCGGGGUCCUGCCCAUGCUGGAAUGUGGCCUCCGGGGCUCCUCCCGGGUGAGAACGGGCCCACGAGCUGCCCCUCGGUACACGCAGCAGUGAAGCACCUGCCCAGCGAGCCUCGGGUGGGUGGGGGAAUCCCGAGGAAGGGCAACGGUGCUCACGCAGCGCGGCCGCCAUUAGCCCAAAAGAGCUCCGAGCCUGGGAAUGUGGAGUAUUUAUUACUAUUUAUUACAGCUGUGCUUUUGAAAGGGAAUGUUCCCUGUUUGCUGGAAAGAGAGCCCAUUUCAAGGUCAAUAAAUGUGCGUUCUUUCUCAGG